ACACAGUGGACUUCACUCUGACUCACUGCUAGUCGCGAUGCGGUGCGGAAGGUCUGGAACUACGGCGGUAUCAGCCCGGGCGUGAAUCGUGAAUUGCAUUUAAUUAAAGUAACUUUUUAUCAGUUUGACAGCAUUGAAGCUUUGGCCAAAUGGAGCGCUUCGGUAAUCUCCGAAACGGUGUGGUGCAGCAGCGUAGUCUUGAAGACACUUUCCACUGCCAGUGAGAGUGGUGAACAAAAAAACCGACAGAUUCAGUGUGACAGCGUCGCCAGCGAAUAGCUCAAGGUGUCGAUUCCAGUGAGAAUUAAUUAAGAACCGACAACGACGAGCUUCGAGAAGUGCUCACCGAGCAGUAAACUCGAGACCGAUGUGCAGUGACUGUGGCUAACAAAGCUCCCCAGGCAAGCUUGCUAUACCUUGUUGACAAACAUAGCUACAGCAGUUCAUUCUGGAGUGGUGAAGAGAUGCGGGAAUGGCUCAAGAUUUCACUGCUGCUGUGCACGUUCGGGUUCUUCCGGGAGAUGCGCCCCUCGGAGCCGUUCGUGACGGAGUUUUUGUCCGGCGAGUGGCGGGACAUAACGCCGGAGCAGCUGAACCGCGAUGUGUACCCCAUCGGCACGUACACCUACCUGGCGGUGCUGAUUGUGGUGUUCCUCGUGACGGACAUACUGAGGUACAAGUCGAUAAUUAUAUUUUCCGCCUGCGUCGGCAUCGUGAUAUACUCCCUACUACUGUGGACAACGUCGCUGGCAGCACUGCAGGUGGUCCAGGUGCUGUACGGCACGUUCAUGGCAACGGAGGUGGCCUACUACACGUACAUCUACGCCAAGAUCAGCCGGGACCGGUAUCAACAGGUGACGGGCAACACGCGGGCCGCCAUCCUCAGCGGUCGGUUCCUGGCGAGCGUCGUCGGCCAAACCCUCGUGUCAACCGGGACGAUGGACCUGCGCCAGCUCAACUACAUCACGCUCGGUGUAUAAAACAUAAACACAAUACCCAUUACUUGACAGCGCAAGCAUUUUCCCUGCUGUGGUCGUUCGUGCUGCCAGCGGUCAAGAGCAGCGUCUACUUCUACCACGACGCCAACGACGACGGCCAGGACAAAGCUGACGACGGCGCCACAAGAGAAAAGGAAGUCCGGGAGGAAAUUGGAAGCGAUGCGGCCACGACAACGGUUUCAGCUUCAGUCAACCACAAAAGCGGUGGCGACCCAUUGACCGGGUCCAUAAUGGCAAUAGCCGGCAGCAACAACCCAGCGCUCAAAUCCGACGUAAAUCCAACCUCAGCCGUCACUUCAAAGGCCCGGUCUGGGUUCUCCUGUCACCGGGCUGGCCAUCUGCUGUGGACACACUUCACGGCGGCUUACACGAACCUUACCGUGGUCCAGUGGAGUCUUUGGUGGUCACUGGCCAUGGCCGGCUUCAUCCAGGUCGCCAACUACGUGCAGCUGUUGUGGCAAGAAAUCAACACCGACCAGGAGUACCUGUACAACGGAGCGGCCGAGGCCCUGUUGACCCUGUUUGGGGCGCUCAGUGCCAUCGUGGCCGGCUACGUCGCGAACCGACUCUUCGAGCGGUGGGCCCUGUGGAUCUUGACCGGCUGUUCCGCCCUGCAGGGUGGAUUGGUCCUGUACUCGGGAUUUUCAACAAAUAUUUGGGCAGCGUACGCUGUUUACAUUCUGUUUGGUGUGCUGUACAUGUUCAUGAUAACCAUGGCCAGUGCCACCGUUGCCAAAUAUUUGCAAGAGGACAGCUUUGGACUGGUGUUCGGCAUCAACACGUUCGUCGCGCUCGUCUUCCAGUCCAUCCUGACCGUGGUGGUCAUCUCGGAGUCCGGCCUGGCCCUGACGCCCCGUGGUCAGUUCAAAGUUUAUGGGGGCUUUUUUUUGGCGCUGGCAGUGAUUUACCUCGUGCCGGCCACGGUCAGCCUGGUGAGGCACUGCAUGGCGGGAACGAAGCGGGACAGCAGUGGCGACUCUGAAGGACCCGGCCAGGAUGCCAGAAUUGACCAAAGUCAUCGACAGGAUGUGGCCAGCACUCACUUUUGAUGGCAAUGGUGAUGGUUUACGUAAAUUUAACGAUGUCAUUAAAAACUGGCAAGGCGUUA